GCAGUAGGUGGCGGUAUGCACCUACAAGUUGUUUGCAAUACGCCAUUAAUCAAGAGAAGAAGAAGAACAGGAAGUCAGCUACUAGCAAGCAAGCCAGCCAGCGACGCAAAGAAGAAAAAGUUGUUGAUAAACUCUGCUCUGCCCAACUUCAGCGUUCAGGCCUGUUUACGGAAAGAUCUAAAGAUGUCGUCAGGGGCUCUUUUUCCGAGCUUGGUGAGCGGCUCGAGGGGAAGCUCCAGCAAGUACCUGGUGGAGUUCCGAGCCGGGAAGAUGACCUUGAAGGGCAACGUAGUGACGCCGGACAAACGCAAGGGCACGGUGUACGUCCAGCAGUCCGACGACUCCCUGAUCCACUUCUGCUGGAAGGACAGGACGUCUGGGAAUGUUGAUGAUGACCUGAUCAUCUUCCCCGAUGACUGCGAAUUUAAGAAGGUGAGCCAGUGCACCACUGGACGCGUCUUCGUGCUGAAGUUCAAGGCCGGAUCCAAGAGACUGUUCUUCUGGAUGCAGGAGCCAAAGGCUGACAAGGAUGACGAGUAUUGUCGUAAGGUGAAUGAGUACCUGAACAACCCUCCCAUUCCUGGAGCAGCAGGAAGCGGAGGAGGCAGCGGCCACGAACUCUCUGCACUCGGAGGAGAGGGAGGCCUGCAAAACCUGCUGGGAAAUAUGAGCCACAACCAGCUGAUGCAGCUGAUCGGACCAACAGGGCUGGGAGGACUGGGAGGCCUGGGAGCUCUAGCAGGACCAGGACUGGCCAACUUGCUGGGCAGCGGAGGAGCAGCCACCAGUAGCUCCUCAUCCAGCUCUCGUAGCCAGUCAGCAGCCGCCACUCCUUCCUCAGGCGGAGCCCCCAGACUGAGCUCCUCUCAGGCCCCCACCACCCCGGUGACUCCUGCGGCCUCCGCUGUCUCCCCGAGUACUGUUGCUCCCUCCACACCAGCCUCAGCUCAGACCCCACUGGCCCCGGCCUCUGUUGGAAGCCCCGCCUCCCACCAGCCCAUCCAGCUCAGUGACCUUCAGAGCAUUCUCGCCACCAUGAACGUCCCGACGGCGGCGGCUGCCCAGGGAGCAGCAGUGGACCUAGCGAGCGUUUGCACCCCGGAGAUGAUGGCCCCCAUCCUGACUAAUGCUGAGGUCCAGCAGAGGCUCCUGCCCUUCCUCCCCAGCGGAGAAAGUUUACCGCAGAGCGCUGAGGAGAUCCAGAACACAAUCAACUCACCUCAGUUCCAACAGUCCAUGAGUAUGUUCAGCAGUGCCUUGGCUUCAGGGCAGCUCGGCCCUCUCAUGAAUCAGUUUGGACUGCCGGCAGAAGCUGUGGAAGCCGCCAACCGAGGAGAUGUGGAGGCGUUUGCCAAAGCCAUGCAGGCCAGCAAAGGAGACUCCAAAGAGAAGAAAGGGGACGACGAGGACAUGAGUCUGGAUUAGAGCUCCUGCUGCUACGCCUUUUCCUCCUCCUUUUAAUUUAGGACUUGUUCUUCCACCCACCUCUCUUUCAUGUUGUCUUCCACUCGUCUAUACCAAAGGCAGCACUCAGGGUUAGCAGAGCUGUUAACAUGAAGGUUAGGACCGUUUUCACUAGGAGCUAAUGGUCUGUUUGGUUCUAUCGACCUUCUCUUUAACCCACAAAGGAGAGAAUUGAGGAUUGGAGCCUUAAUAAAAAAAAAUCAUAUUGGCAACAAAAACAA